UAGUAAUAUAAACAAGCUAUUUGACUUACUAUCACAUUUUCAAUUCAUUUGUUUUGAAGUUCCGUUAUUGUAUAACGAGGUAACUCAUCAGGUGAAGCAUGUCGCGGCCGCCAAGAAUAUGCAUCAUUGGUGCCGGACCAUCCGGAUUGUCGACACUGUAUCACUUUGCUAAAAUGGAGCAGAUGCCGGAAAUUGUUUGUUACGAGAAACAAAGCACGUGGUUAGGUCUCUGGAACGUUUCGUGGAAAACAGGAUUAGACGAAAACGGAGAACCUGUUCAUACAAGUAUGUACAAGCAUAUGUGGUGCAAUGGACCAUAUCAAGCACAUGAGUAUUACGACUACACCGUAGAACAACACUUUGGUGGCCAGAUAACUCCAUCAUUUCCUUCUCGUAUUGUAAUGAGAGAUUAUCUCGAAGGCCGAUUUACGAAAGGAGCACCUCGUGGACGCAAUCUGAAAGACUUUAUACAUUUCAACACCGCUGUUCGGUAUGUGAAAUACCUGGACGAGAAAGAUGAAUUCACGGUUACAAUUAAUGAUUAUAACACCGGACAGACACGGGAGGAAACGUUUUCACACGUUAUUGUAGCAGCUGGCAUAUUCAGCUUUCCAAAUCUCCCAGAAUUCCCUGGCAUGAAUGAAUUCAAAGGCCGAAUACUGCAUUCGCACGACUUUCGCGACGCUAGGAAUUUUACUGGACAAAGGGUAUUGGUCGUUGGUGCGGGUUUUACUGGUGAAGAUCUUGUAUUGCAACUUCUCAAAUUUGGCGCCAAACACACAAUUCUCGCCUACAGAACAAGACCAAAAGGAGAUACAUGCAUAAUGCCAGACGGUGUUGAAGAGAGACCAAUGGUGGAACGUUUUGACUAUAAUAAGGCUCACUUCAAAGAUGGGUCAUCUGCAGAAAUCGACGCCGUUAUUUUGACUACAGGCUACAGGAACUAUUUCCCCUUCCUAGAAGACAGAUUUAGGAUUCCAGAGGAAACGCAUCCUUACCCAGAAGGAUUGUACAAGGCGUGUUUGUUUUACAAGGCAGGAAACAACCGACUGUUUUAUAUAGGGGUUCUAGAACAAUUUAAUUCCUUUUUGUAUUUCGAAGUCAUGGCAAACUGGACUUGCAAAUACAUUAUGGGGCAACUACCAGAUGAACCAAAAGAACAAAAAGAGAUGGAAGCCGAUUGUCAUCGGUGGAUUGAUCGAGUGAACGCAUGCGCAUCGGAGUCGGAUCUGCUUCAUUUCCAAACAGUUUUGAUAGCACAUCUAGCAGAGUUAGCAGGUUAUAAUAACGAUAUUGCACGAAGAGAAGAACUCCUCCUUCAGCUGAUAAAAGAUAGGAAAGAAAGUUUAGGCCUUGCAAAUUACAGAGACGGGUGUUAAACUAGCCUCUACACUGGAGCAGUCGCACCAAAACAGACCCCAUUCAUGCAAAAUUUUGAUGAGAGCAUCGAAACGUAUCUUCAGUUCAAAUAGCGCGAUAAAGAUAUCACAUAUGAUAAUUCCAACUUAUUCUAACUUGGAUGUUAUCAAAACAAUAAACAUUGAUUUUAAAUUUAGGACAGAUGCUAUAUUGCCGUGAAACACGUGUGUUUGUAUUUAGGAAGUAGUUUCAAUACUUUUUGAUAUACUAUUUUUUGUAAAUGAAACAUAGCAACCAGAGACUUCCGUAUAGGAAGUGCUACUCACCUGUGUGAGUUCAUGCGUCUGUAUGAACCGAAUUAUGUCAUGCAAGAAUGCCAUCAAAUUGAUGGUCACAUAGUGAUUCUACAGAAGUCGUGCAAAACCAUUGGGACAAUUCGGCCAUUAAAUAAGGUGUGUUAUGAAACUAAAAUGGAAACAGAAACAAAUGUUAUUCAACCGGAAAAUACAUAUUGUUGAUUUCAGCUGAAGUACUAAGUAUAUGGGCAACAAAGAUACGUGCGAAACAGAAUACUGUCAAUAAAAUUGAUAGGAAUGAAAUUACCUGCUCACUUUAAGUGCUCUCUGUACGAUUACGUUCUGUACAGUGUACUUUAAUGACAGUAUAAUCGGUUUUGUUAUUUUGCAUACGCAAAAUUAUAAAAUUAUAAAUCAAAAUACAGUUGAAGCUCACUAUCUUGAACUGUGUCACAUCUGUCAAAAUGAUCAAUAUAUCUAUUUCCAAGAGUAAAAUAUGGUAUUUUAUAGUCAGACGCAUAAAUGGAUUCGUUCAGUAACAUGAUCUCCCUCGGUGGCGGUUUCACCUUUUUGCAGUUGUUUUGGCCUUCCAGUUAUCCGGUUUUUCACCACGCUUUGGAUGUAGCACUUUUUUAUGCGAGGAGGCUAGGCGCCCGCAGUUAAUGAAAACAAAUAAGCAGAGGAAAGUCGCCAUAUGACCUAUAACUGUGUCGAUUCGACGUAUAACCCAACAAGAAAUAUAAAAAAACCAAGAGAGUUUUAAAUUGAUUAUUGGGUUACAAUAUGUUUGCAGAAGAUCUUUGGAAUAAUACAAUAUUUUGUAAUGAACGAUGAAUUUGUCAAUUUCAAUCAAGCUUAAAGGGCAAUUGAAAAUUAUUCAAGCUAAUUAUUACAAAAUAUACUACAACGUUUUAGAUAUUGAAAAAUCAUCAUUUGGAAUAAUUCAGGAGAGCAAAGACAUUUUCUGGGUUACAAUAAUUAUUUGUCAGCAGUAACAUAACUGAUUUAUUCCUAAACACCAUUCACUUUCCAAAAGAAACGUCAUUUUCUAAGACAGUAACGUUUGAUUUGUGUAUAUAAUUUUAAUCAUAUAUGAUUGUUUUAUAUCAUCCAAUCAGUUU